UCACUUUGCAUUCCAAAUUGACAGUUUAACGAGUAAAGACGUGGUCUAAACAUUUUAUUAAUUUUUUCGGGGGAGAUUACUCAAUACUCAAAUCGAUCAAAAGUAAUUAACGACUUUAAGCAAUUUUUUAAUGAAAAAGAAACUAAAACGUGCGUGUUAACAGAAUAAUGCAAAAUUCCAAGUUAUAUAAGAAGAAACCAUAGCAUAAAAAUGCAAAGCAAUUGAAUCAUAACAAAGGGGACCAAUCGCUGAUGAAAUAGAAAGCAAUAAAGUAAAACGAUACAUUUUACGAUUGUCAUUUGGAAAAGAACAUUUUUACAAGAGGAGAACAGCCAACAUUAAAUUGGUGGCGUUUGCAAACACAGUUAAAGAAUAUAUAAAAGUGAUUUCAGAAACGCUGACAGGAAAAUGUGCUUCAAUAGCCUACAAACAAACAAAAAUUUAGUUAGAAACAAUAAAAGAAGUCAGUGGAGAACUAUUGAAUCUUCUGUUGAAUCUAGCAACAACAGUAACAGUGCCCAUUUUAUGCUUGCCGAUUUGAGUCUUCGCAUUACCACAACAGCAAGAGACAAUCUUUGAUUUAAAUCGAAUACAACAAAUAUUCCAUCAAAAUACCAAAGAUUAACAUAUUAAGAAAGCGAUCAAAAUUCCAGUGGUAAAGCGUAUCUAUCGUACGACAGACAGAGAUACUGCUAUACUUCAAAAAUAAAACAAAAUUUAGCACAAUACCCCAAUACAAUUUUAUGGAAAAUUAAAAUUUAUCCAAAAACGUGAUACAUAGAGUCAUUGUGAAGCUAAAAAGGGGAGAGAAAUAAAGAGUACAGAAUCGUGCAUAGUAACAGUAAUAUAUUCAAACGAGCAAACGAGCGAGCUAGCAGCAAACACAACAACUGUUGAAAUACAAGCGAAACACGACAGAAUCAGUGUUGCUUACAUACAUAUAUACAUAAUUUAGUUGCUGAAAUUUAGAAGAAGCGAGAAAAUAACCAAAAGUUCCUGUUUUUACACGCGUAAUAAUAUAAGAAAAUAAAUUUCCUAGAAUACAAAGAGGAAAACAACAAAAACAAGAAAAAAUGUCUGCCAUUAAUUCAGCGAAACCUGUAGCAAAUGGUGCCAAUGGCAAGCUGAAGCUGUCCUCACACAUAAAAUAUGAGCAUUUAGUUGCGGGCAUUUCUGGUGGUGUCACCUCAACCUUGAUAUUGCAUCCGUUGGAUUUGAUCAAAAUUCGUUUUGCAGUAAAUGAUGGACGAACUGCAGCAGUGCCACAAUAUCGUGGUUUGGGCAGUGCUUUUGCCACCAUUUUUCGGCAAGAAGGUUUCCGUGGUCUCUACAAGGGUGUAACACCAAAUGUUUGGGGUUCUGGCUCAUCAUGGGGUCUAUAUUUCAUGUUCUAUAAUACCAUCAAGACAUUUAUCCAAGGCGGUAACGCUACUAUGCCAUUGGGACCUUCUAUGCAUAUGUUGGCUGCUGCCCAAUCGGGUGCUUUAACUUUAGUUCUGACAAAUCCCAUUUGGGUGGUUAAGACACGUCUAUGUCUACAGUAUGGUGAGGUUGAUGGUAAAUCUGCAGAGUAUCGUGGUAUGGUACAUGCGCUGGCGCAAAUCUACAAGGAGGAGGGCGUAAGAGGCUUAUAUAAGGGUUUUGUUCCUGGCAUGCUGGGAGUUUCUCAUGGUGCCAUACAGUUCAUGACAUAUGAAGAAAUGAAAAAUUGCUAUAAUGAAUAUCGAAAACUACCUAUCGAUACGAAGUUGGCUACAUCGGAGUAUUUAGCAUUUGCGGCUAUAUCGAAAUUAAUAGCAGCUGCCGCCACAUAUCCCUACCAAGUUGUGCGUGCCCGUCUUCAGGAUCAUCAUCACAGUUAUCGAGGAACUUGGGAUUGCAUCAAACAAACAUGGAGUUUUGAAGGUUCGCGUGGCUUUUACAAAGGUUUGCAGGCAAAUUUAUGCCGAGUGGUUCCAGCUACCAUGAUCACAUUCUUAGUGUAUGAAAAUGUUUCACAUUUCCUUUUAAAACGUUCCAAAGAGAAGGGAAAGUUGGCUUCCUAAAUCAUCAGAGUGUUCUUGUAUUUCACCCAACCCAAAAAAAUAUGUUUUUGUUUAACAGACCGACCCAGUCAUCAUCAUCGUACCAAUGAUUUGCCAAAAUGCGCUAAUAAUAGCUUUAUUUGAGUCAAUUUAGUUAUAAGCUUAUUUUAAUCUAUCUCUUGGCUUACAAACCUUCACACCAUCCAUUACUGCUAUCAUAUCAUUUUUUCUGAUAUGUUAUUUUUAAAAUAUUUAUCUAGUUAGUUGUUAUGUUUGUAAGUUUAGAAAGGAAAAAAAAAAACAAGAAUAAAAAUUGGCGUUUUUGAAUUUGUGACCCACAUUAAUGUUUAAUUAAA